ACGUAACGCUAUUACGUGAAUAAGCCCCGCCCCUUCACUAGACCAGCGUUGUACAAGACAAGCCCUCUGUCACAGAAGCUACGUAGCAGCGCUGUGUAGAGGACGGUUCCAGCUUAAACAACACCAGAAAUGGGGGUGAAAAUUCGAGUUGAAUACUGUGGCGGAUGAGGAUACGGACCCCGCUAUGAGGAGCUCGCCCAGACCGUGAGGGGCGAGUUUCCGGAGGCGGAUGUGUCGGGCUUUGUGGGAAGGAGAGGCAGCUUCGAAGUAGAAAUUAACGGGCAGCUUAUUUUUUCCAAGCUUGAGACCGGUGGCUUCCCGUAUGAGGAUGACAUCAUGAAUGCAGUCCAGGCUGCCCAUGAUGGGAAACCUUUGCAGAAGAUCACCAAAAGCCGCGCACCGUGCGUCAUCAUGUAGCUCUCCUUCUCUGCUGUAACAUCAGCAGCAUCACGGAGGAUGAUCCCCUGGCCACCUACAUCCAGCCAGGAUGAAACACUUUGACCACACGCUACUUUCCAGUCUUCAUUGUGUCAGAUGGCUCCUCUCUCUGCUCCCAUUAGUUGCUUCAGGCUGUUAAUGAUUGCUGUAACUUCAAAUCCUAAAGGUUGUGGUAUGAUGAAUGCAUCCCUGGAGUUCAAUCCAUAUAGGAGCAGAGACCAGGAGAAGUUGUCGCAGACUGGGUAUGACGGAGUGCACUUAUUUACCUUCGGGCCUCAAUGCCUGGCAUUUUAAAAUCCGCUAAGUGUCUGUAUUCUAUAUCUGGGUUUUUUUUUGAUUGUCUCGAACAUCGGUAGAAAUUUUUAUUUUAUACAAAAUGAAAAAGGAGAAACAAGUAAGUAGGAAGGAAAACUAUUAAUGUCUUUGCACAACUCUGUUAAGCAAUUGUUUGUGGGUAUUUAGGUGUGGUUAAGAGGCUUGAAUAGCUCUAAACUUUAAAGUGAACAUGAGCCAAGUACACCUUUCAUCUGUUCCUAAACAUAUCUUUAGUUCAAGCUGGUAAACACUGGAGACAUAAUCAGCUGCAUACCUGAGAACCAUCACCUGUUGUUAUUGAAUAACAUGUCUCAUUUUCCACUUUAAUUGAUGUUAAAACCGCAGAUGUUCAAUAAAGCAAAUCCUUGACUAGAA